GUCACGGUCAGCUGGUGGAUGAGGAAGUAAACAACACUCGGCUGAACUCGCAGCACGACGGAGAAAGGAAGCCGGGGCGGUGAUUUAAGUGCCGGUGUAACGUGCUCCACCAUCUCUCUGAUCCUCAGGAAUCAGCUCUCCAAAUGAUGUCUCUGAUUUGCACUUUACAAGACCAUCGAGACGAUGUCAACUGGUGUGCCUUCACCAGCAAGCUGUUAGCCACGUGUUCUGGGGACAAAACCCUCAGGAUAUACAACACCCGGGACUUCUCAGAGCUGCCCUUCUCGCCACUGACAGGACAUGGCUACGGCGUCCACUGCUGCUGUUUCAGCGCCUGCGGACAGUUCCUCGCCUCGUGCUCGACUGAUGCCACCACGCUGGUCUGGUCCAUGGACACGGGGGAGAUCGAGGCCGUCCUGGAACAUCCCGGUCGCAGUCCUGUGAGGGUCUGUGCCAUCUCCCCGGACUCUGCCCACCUGGUUUCCGGAGCGUCUGACGGCACUUUGGCUCUGUGGGAUUUCCCCUCAAAACAGCUGCGCAGGACCGGAGCGGUGAAUGACACAACAAUGGUGGCCUGCUCCUUCAGCCCCUGCAGUCAGGUGUUCGUGACAGGCUCCACCUAUGGAGACCUGCGUCUGUGGAACCUGGACAUGAACCAGCUCCACACAGAGAAGAACGCCCACGACCUGGGGGUCACCUGCUGCACCUUCGCUCCCAGCAUCCUCAGUGGCGGUCAAGUUGUGCAGUUUCGUCUGGCGUCCUGCGGGCAAGACAGUCACCUGAAGAUCUGGUCCAUAAACAAGUCGAGCUCUGGAGCCUGUAAGAUGCAGCUGCUGCACACAUUAACUGGCCAGUCGGCUCCGGUCCUCUCCUGUGCGUACUCCUCAGACGGCCAGCUGCUCGUGUCUGGCUCUGUGGACAAAACUGUUGCAGUCUAUGAUGCUAUAAAUGCUGUUUUGCUGUACACACUCAACCAGCACGAGAGGUACGUGACAGCAUGUGCCUUCUCUCCGACUUCACCGCUAAUUGCUACAGGGUCUAUGGAUAAGACUGUAAACAUCUGGAGGCUGGAGGACGGAUGCAGCACCAACGGCGGGAAGUCGAUUCCUGAGAGGUCUGCUCUAACAUCAAGUGAUGGUAGGAAGGACGAAAAUAUGUCUGUACUGCAGAGGAGAACCACCGCGGGCCGAUCGAAGCUGCUGGUCAGCGAUUGGUCGGAGGAGGAUGUGUCAUCGUGGCUGGUGGAGGAAGGCCUCGGGGGAUUGGUGGACAAAUUCACGGCUAACAACAUAGACGGGACAGAGCUGCUCAGUCUCACCAAGGAAACGCUGGCGUCAGAGCUACACAUAGAGUCAGUCGGCCUGCGCAGUAAACUCCUGAGGAAGGUGGAGGAGCUGAAGAGUGAGUCAGUGUGUUCAGGCAUUCCUGAUGAGUUCCUUUGUCCGAUUACCAGAGAGCUUAUGAGGGAACCAGUCAUUGCUGCAGAUGGAUACUCAUAUGAAAGACAGGCCAUCGAGAGCUGGAUCAACACCAAGAACCGCUCCAGCCCCAUGACCAACCUCCCAUUACUGACCACUCUGCUCACCCCGAACCACACCCUGAAGAUGGCCAUCGGCCGCUGGAAAACCACCCACUAGCACCCAAAAGAUGCCCCAAAUACUUUCUCUAAAGUAGAAAUCAAAAUACAGUGCAUGCAUGGAUGGCAGCCA